AUGACUGGCCAUGGAGGUGAUGAGUUUCUCAAGUUUCAAGAUUCUGAAGAACUCAAGAGCCACGAUUUAGCAGAUGCCGUCAAACAAAUGAAAGAGAGGCGUAGAUUCAAGGAGCUGAUGAUAAUGAUUGAUACAUGCCAAGCUGCCACUCUCUUUAACCAGCUUCAGUCUCCGGGUGUUUUGGCAAUUGGUAGCAGUCUUAAAGGAGAGAACUCAUAUUCUCAUCACCUGUAUUCAGAUAUUGGUGUAUCUGUUGUAGAUCGGUUUACAUAUUACACUCUUGCCUUCUUUGAGAGGUUCAAUAUAUAUGACAAUCCAUCACUUAACAGUUUGUUUAGGUCCUAUGAUCCGAGACAGCUAAUGUCUACUGCCUAUUACCGGACCGAUCUUUACCAGCCAAAACUUACGGAGGUACCGGUGACAAAUUUCUUCGGUUCAGUUAUGGAGACAAUUCAUACUGGUUCAGCUUACGAAGCCUUCUCAAGUAGAAUCUCAGAUAAGAAGAUCAAAUCAGACAUGCCCCUCAAUCAGCUCUCCGGGGAAGAUCUUAAAGAAGAUGUUCAGAAUGCAAACAACCAAAAGGAUGUGUUGAAAACUGAGAAGCAAAAAUGCCCAUAUACACAAAUGCGAGCAGACCUCCACGAGAAACUGGUCAGGACUGAAAAUGUGUAUACAGUGGUUAAUCUCAGCAUAGCGGUGAUGGUUCUCGUUGUAAUGAUGGCAUCAUCUCUGUUAUGA